AUGACUUCAGGGUUGGAGCAGGCCUUGGAACAUACGGGCGGCCAUGGCCAAACGGCCGAGGGUGUCUCGCUCAAGACCUUUGUGGCCUCGCUGGCGACGGCUAUCAUUGUCUUCGCCGUUGAAUUUCUUCUUUUUAUUUUGCUGAAGGGCAAGUUGACGCGCAUCUAUCAACCGCGAACCUAUCUAGUACCAGACCGAGAACGCACCAAACCUUCUCCUCCGGGCCUUUUUCGUUGGAUCGGCCCAGUCUUCCAAACUUCCAAUACGGAGUUUAUCCAGAAAUGCGGCUUGGAUGCAUACUUCUUUCUACGUUACCUGCGCAUGUUACUUAAGAUCUUCGUUCCACUCGGAGGGAAAACAUUCAAGAAUGGGUCGAGUGGCGAACAAUUCAACGUUAGCGGCUUAGAUCAGCUAGCCUGGGGUAACGUUAAACCAGAGCAUACAAGUCGGUAUUGGGCACACCUCAUCAUGGCAUUAGUUGUUGUUUUCUACGUCUGUGCUAUCUUCUUUGAUGAACUGCGAGGCUACAUCCGCUUACGGCAGGCAUAUAUGACAUCGCCGCAGCAUCGCCUGCGCGCCUCUGCAACAACGGUACUAGUUACCGCCAUACCGCGCAGUUGGCUCACCAUUGAAGCUCUCGAUUCCCUUUUUGAUGUCUUCCCCGGUGGUAUUCGAAAUAUCUGGAUCAAUCGAAAUUUCGACGAUUUAAACGAAAAAGUCAAAGAGCGGAAUGAAAUCGCCCUCAGGCUUGAAUCUGCGCAGACAGAACUCAUUGUCAAAUGCAAAAAAGCAGGUUUGAAGAAAGCCAAAGCCGCAGAAAAGAAGGCCGGGAAAAGCAAAAGCAAGACCAGCUCUAAGGAUCGAGAGAAAGUAGGCACAGACAACCGAGCCUCCCAGAUAGCACUGGGACCUGGAGUUAGUUCCGGCGAUCCUCAUCAGGCGCAUACAAUACGUGAGGUUCUGCAUGAACAAUCCGAAACACAUUCUAGAAACAUUUCCGAUGGCUCAAGGCCGGGCGGAAGAGUCUUUGAUCCCGCUCUUGCAGCUGCGGGUGUGGUUGGACAAGGUGUGGGCAAACUGGGUAAGACGGUUCUGGGUGGCUUAAAGAAGGUUGAGAAUGGUUUUGAUACAACCUUAAGUCGGAAUGGUGGUUAUGUUGCAACAACAGACGAAGGCUUACCGCCUCGUGCAACAAUGCCUCCUGGAGAUGAUGCCGAUAUCCCCAUAGCAGUUGCAUCUAUUCCACCUAUGGCGAAGCCUCAUCCACCUGAAACUCGGGUUGAAGAUACCAUAUGCCAAGAUCAAGUACCAACCCCUCCCAAGCGACCUUCAUGGAAGCAUCGCGUCUCAUCCCAUCUAUCCGCACAUUCAAAGAAAUCUGUACCCGAGGCAGAUGAAUAUCCCCUCACUGCACCAGACUCUCAUGUGACUGAUGAACCGCGUCGGGCGACGGCAAAGUCCAAAGAUGACAAUAAGAAGUCCUCCCCGAAUCGGAAGAACCUCAAAGAAGGCGACGAUGUUGAAGGAGAAGAAUACCCGAUUGCCUACAAUGAGAACUUUGAUAACGAGGAUUACGGAGAACCAAUGUGGAAACAUUACAUCCGCCAAAAGGACCGGGAUACUCAUCGUCUCCCAAUAUUUGGCUGGAAGUGGAUGCCUUCACUGUGGCUCAUCGGCAAAAAGGUCGACACUAUUGAUUAUUGUCGCAGAGAGCUGGCUCGGUUGAACUUGGAGAUCGAGGUUGACCAGCAGCAUCCGGAACGAUUUCCCUUGAUGAAUUCGGCCUUUGUCCAAUUCAACCACCAGGUGGCUGCCCAUAUGGCCUGUCAAUCUGUCGCCCACCACAUUCCAAAACAGAUGGCGCCUCGAAUUGUUGAGAUCUCUCCUGACGACGUUAUCUGGGAUAACAUGUCACUCAAAUGGUGGGAGCGUUAUCUUCGAACUUUUGGCAUCAUCACAUUAGUUUGUGCAAUGGUGGUUGGAUGGGCAUUCCCUGUCGCCUUCACCGGUCUUCUUUCCCAACUUUCGUAUCUACAGGGAGCGUUUACCUGGCUUGCCUGGCUCAACAAACUUCCUGAAUGGUUUAUUUCUGCUAUUCAGGGUAUUUUGCCUGCUCUCUGUUUGGCUAUCCUGAUGGCACUUUUGCCUUUGAUCCUCCGCUUCCUCAGCAGGACUCAGGGCCUACACACUGGAAUGGCAAUCGAGUUGACAGUGCAAAAUUAUUACUUCGCCUUCCUAUUUGUGCAGCUCUUCCUCGUCGUCACCAUUGCCUCUAGUUUCUCGACUAUCAUUGAGAAUGUUACUAAUGUCACUAGCUGGCCGGAGAUGUUGGCUUCGAAUAUUCCGAAGUCAAGCAACUACUUCUUUUCCUACAUGAUUCUGCAAGCUAUGUCUGUGAGCGCUGGUGCGUUAGUUCAAAUCUUCGGUUUAAUUAGCUGGUUUAUCCUUGCACCGAUCAUGGAUUCCACUGCCAGAAAGAAGUGGGCUCGAACAACAAAUCUGAAUCAGAUGCAGUGGGGAACAUUCUUCCCCGUUUACACAACUUUGGCAUCAAUCGGGUUAAUCUACUGUGUUGUUGCACCACUCAUUCUAGUGUUUAAUAUUAUCACAUUCGGCCUUUUCUGGUUUGUUUACCGUUACAACACGCUAUACGUUACCAAAUUUCGCUUUGACACUGGCGGUCUUCUUUUCCCUCGCGCGAUCAACCAACUGUUCACCGGCCUCUAUGUCAUGGAAAUCUGUCUCAUUGGAUUGUUUUUCCUUGUCCAAGAUCAAGACGGCCAUGUGGCUUGCAAAGGCCAAGGCAUCUGCAUGGUUGUAGUUCUUGUCUUGACUGUUGGGUACCAAGUCCUUUUGAAUGAGGCAUUUGGUCCUCUUAUACGUUACCUUCCUAUCACCUUGGAAGAGGAUGCGAUUCGCCGUGAUAAAGAAUUCCACCGUGCCCAACAUGCCCGUCUCGGACUCGCCGUUGAUGAUGAGGAUGAGAACGAGGGCGACAUUGGUCUUGAAAGGCGCCUCGCUAACAAAGAACAUAAUGAACGCCGCCAAAGCCAGGAGACACGAGAUAUUGAGCUCAAGACCAUAGAAGCAGACCGUGAGCGUCGAAACCGCCAUGACUCGGGUCUUCUAUCUACACCGAAACUUGAUCAAAAACGACCUUCAUGGGCCGAUCGCUCUCCGAAUCGAAAAUCGAAGUAUUUCGGGAUAAAUCCGGCCAGUUCCAAUCCAAACAUCAACGUUCUACGAGAAAAGAUGGCACGAGACGCUGAGGCUCAAGGGCCACCCACCAACAGUCUGGGUCACGCCCUAUUCGCAGGAAUUCACGAUGAACUUGAAGAUCUCACCCCUGACGAACGCGAUCAGCUUGUCCAGCGCGCGUUCCAGCAUGAAGCACUCCGCGCCAAGAGGCCUGUCAUCUGGAUCCCUCGAGACGACCUAGGUAUCAGCGACGACGAGGUCUACCGCACACAGCGAUUUAGCAAGCACAUCUGGGUCAGUAACGAAUACCAAGCGCUGGAUGGCAAGUGUCGGACGAUCUUUAGCCGCAGCCCCCCUGACUUCUCGGAGGUUGACCUAAUCCAAUUGUAA